CCCAAAAACAAAAAGAGAAAGUAAAUAUAAUUAAAUAAUAAAUAAAGGUCGCACCUGCAACGACAAAGUCUCGCUCCCUUUAUCGGUUUGUUAUCCCAAUCUUCAUUCAUUCUUUUCUUUCCAUUAAGGAAAGGAGGGACUAUUCACCAAUUUCCACAACUUUCAGGGACGAAAAACAAAAACCGCCAUGCCGGUGCACCCAAUGGAGGAUCUUCCAUCACCGUUCGGAGACCCGCCUUCCAAUUGGUCGGAAUCAGAGCUCCGAGAAACGGCAUACGAGGUACUCGUCUGCGCAUGCCGAAGCUCCGGCCCCAAGCCUCUCACUUUCAUAUCCAGUUCCGACAGAGGAGGGGAUCGGGAUCGGGAUCGGUCUUCUGCUGCGGCGACUCCCUCGCUGCACCGGUCGCUGACGUCGACGGCGGCUAGCAAGGUGAAGAAGGCGUUGGGACUUAAAACGAGGAGGAAAGAUGGCGGCGGCGGCGGCGGCGGUGGGAGGAGCGCGAAGCGUGCGGUUACGACAGGGGAGUUGGUGAGAGUGCAGAUGAAGAUUUCGGAGCAGAGUGAUUCAAGGAUUAGACGUGCCUUGUUGAGAAUUGCUGCAGGCCAGCUUGGAAGACGCAUGGAAUCAGUGGUUCUUCCACUAGAACUAAUUCAACAGUUCAAGUGUUCAGAUUUUCCGAGUCAACAAGAUUAUGAGGCUUGGCUGAGGAGAAAUUUGAAGGUUCUUGAAGCAGGACUCCUCUUGUAUCCUCACUUUCCAUUAGAUAAGGCAGACACUUCUUCGCAGAGCCUUCGCCGUAUAAUCCGUGAAGCAUUUGAGAAACCCAUGGAUCUUGGAAAGACAGGUGAAUCAAUGCAAAACUUCCGGAAUGUUGUUCUAUCUCUUGCGUUUAGAUCAUUUGAUGGAUCUGUUCCAGAGACAUGCCAUUGGGCUGACGGAUUUCCGCUGAACCUCUGGAUCUAUCAAACUCUUUUAGGAUCUUGUUUUGAUAUACAUGAAGAAAUUUCUGUGAUAGAAGAGGUUGAUGAGGUCUUAGAGCUCAUUAAGAAGACCUGGGUUAUGCUUGGAAUUAACGAGAUGCUGCAUAAUAUUUGUUUCUCAUGGGUCUUAUUUCAUCGGUAUGUUGCCACUGGUCAACUGGAAAAUGAUCUGCUUUUUGCAUCCAGUAACCUGUUAGCGGAAGUUGAAAAUGAUGCUAAGACUGUGAAAGGUCCUUUUUAUUCGAAGGUUGUGAGCAAUGUAGUGAGUUUGAUGUUAAAUUGGGCAGAGAAAAGGCUCCUUGCAUACCAUGAUACUUUCCAUGAUGGUAAUAUUGAACCAAUGGAAAGCAUUGUUUCUAUUGCUGUAUUGUCUGCAAAGAUAUUGUCAGAGUAUAAUCGGAAGAAGAGGGAUCAUGAUGUAGCCUAUACCAGAGUUGAAAAUUAUAUAAGAUCAUCUUUGCGGGCUGCUUUCGCUCAGAAAUUAGAUAAACUGGAUCCCAGCAAGCAUUCAUCGAGAAAACAGAAUAGAGCUUUUCCCACUCUUUCUAUCCUCGCCCAGCAUGUUACUGAACUGGCUUAUAAUGAGAAAGCAAUGUUCAGUCCGAAUCUAAAGAGAUGGCAUCCUCUUGCUGCUGGUGUUGCCGUUGCUACCCUUCAUGUAUGUUAUGGAGAUGAACUGAAGAAAUAUGUAAAGAGUAUUACUGAGCUGACACCUGAUGCUAUAGAAGUGUUAAUGGCCGCUGACAAAUUGGAGAAAGAUCUGGUGCAGAUUGCGGUGGCAGAUUCUGUUGACAGUGAAGAUGGUGGAAAAUCCGUUAUUAGGGAGAUGCAACCUUAUGAGGCUGAGGCUGUAAUUGCUAAUUUGGUUAAGUCAUGGAUAAAGAUUAGAGUAGAAAGACUAGGGGAAUGGGUCAACAGAAAUCUGCAACAUGAGGUAUGGAAUCCACAGGCAAACAAAGAGGGGUUGGCUCCUUCAGCUGUUGAAGUCCUACGGGUUGUAGAUGACACUCUUGAAGCUUUCUUUCUGUUGCCUAUAUCCAUGCAUGCAGUUUUGGUUCCUGAAUUGAUGUCUGGUCUUGACAAAUCACUCCAGCAAUACAUUUUGAAAGCCAAAGCUGGCUGUGGGGACCGUAAUACUUUCGCCCCAACUUUGCCUCCUUUGACGAGGUGUUCAACUGGAUCAAAGUUUCACGGUGUGUUCCGGAAAAAAGAGAAGUUACAAUCAGCUCAGAGGAGAAAAGCUCAAGUUGGAGCCACAAGAGAUAACUCAUUUGAUACACCCCAGUUGUGUGUUCGCAUCAAUACUAUGCAGCGCGUUCGCCUGGAGUUGGUAGUUUUGGAAAAGAGGAUACUUGCCAAUCUUAGUAGUUCUAAAUCUUCUAACAAUGAUGAUAUUUAUGGGGUGAACUUGAAGUUCAAGCUUUCAGCAGCUGCUGCUGUAGAAGGUAUCCAUCAAAUCUGUGAGUUUAUGGCAUACAAAAUUGUUUUCCAUGAUCUAGGUCAUGUUCUAUGGGAUGGCCUAUAUGUCGGAGAAGUUUCAUACUCCAGGAUUGAACCUUUCCUUCAUGAGCUUGAGCAAUACUUGGAGAUCAUAUCAUCAACAGUGCACGACAAAGUUAGAACGCGCGUAAUUGUUGACAUAAUGCAAGCUUCUUUUGAUGGGUUCUUGUUGGUUUUGUUGGCCGGAGGGCCACCACGGGCUUUCUCUCUGCAAGAUUCUGCCAUAAUAGAGGAAGAUUUCAAGUAUUUGACUGGGUUAUUCUGGUCCAAUGGUGAUGGAUUGCCUGUUGAAUUGAUAGAAAAACAUUCUGCUACUGUGCAAGCCAUACUUCCCUUGUUCCAUGCGGAUACUGAACACAUAAUUCAGCAAUUCAUUCAGCUCACCAUGGAAAUGUAUGGUUCUUCUGUCAAAUCCCGGCUCCCGAUGCCUCCAACACCAGAUCAAUGGAGCCCGGGAGAUCCAAACACCCUUUUGCGAGUUCUUUGCCAUAGGAAUGAUGAGGUAGCCGCCAAGUUCCUCAAGAAAAAUUACAACUUGUCUAAGAAAGUCUAACAACUGAUGAGUAACCCCUCUAGCUAGGAAUUUUAGUGGCUUCAUUUUGUGUGGUUUUAAAGUCUCACUUGUCGAUUGCUGAGUGUAUGAUCAAGGUAUAACUUGGAAUUCAUAAUACUGUUAACCACUAUCAGGGAAUAACUUUAGGACAUAGUGUACUUGCAAUAACAACAAUAUACCUUGUACAGGUUAGUUUCAUCCGGUUCUGUUUGCAGCUUGUGAAAAAUGCAAUUUGUGAUAUGGAGGUUGUAUACAGAGAAGUAUUUGUAUUUGUGUCAUUAUUUAUCUUUAAUUAUUUUUUAAAUGAAUUGUCUUUU